CCUAAGAACCCAAGAAGGAAAAAAACAAGAGCUGAAGAAAUGAAGAAACCAUUUGAGUUGCGUGUGGCUAAGCUAAAAAGCACCGGCACCCCUGCUUAUCCUCGGCUUCGCUUCACUCUCUUCAACCUUGUGUUCUAAUCCAUAACUCAACAGGUCUAUAUAGUAAAGAAUUGAAAGAAGAGUGAGGAAUUUGAUAGGGGGAAGAGAAGGAGACUAUGGCUUCUGCGACCUUGUUGUGUUGGUGCAGUUCAGACUUGAUAAGGCAUGGUUCAUAUUCCAAUUUUUUUGUAAGACAGAAGGUACUGGAUUUGAAUCAAUCAAUAGUGAGAAGUAGAGGGUGUUAUAAUGAUUAUCAAAAGCAAAAGAAGUUUUUUGUGUGUGCUGCAACUGAAGGGUCUGCAAAGUCUAGUAAAUCUGAAGAAACCCCGACUUGGGCUAAACCAGAUUCUGAUGAACCCCCACCAUGGGCUAAGGGUGAAGGCAAAGAGAACUCAUCAAAGCAGAACUUUGAAGUUCCCUUUUUUGUUUAUUUACUUGCCUCGGCAAUUACUGCAAUUGCUGCUAUUGGUUCCAUUUUUGAGUAUGUGAAUCAGAGGCCGGUUUUCGGGAUUGUGAACACAGACAGCAUUCUGUACGCUCCAUUGCUAGGAUUCUUUGCAUUUACGGGCAUUCCUACUUCUGCAUUUUUGUGGUUCAAGUCUGUUCAAGCUGCUAACAAGGAAGCUGAUGAGCAAGACAAGAGGGAUGGCUAUCUCUAAAGUCACACUUGCAGCAAUGAGUUAAAUAUAGUGUUAAUCUUCUAUGAAACACGAGUACCUCUUUCAUUUAUCUUAACUCUUGGCCUUUCAAUUCAAUUUUGCUUCUAUAAGAUAAAUAUCCUAAUUUUACAUUGUGAUACUCCAUCUGUGAAAUUUUUAGUUUAUAGUUAUGUACAGACUUGUGAAUAUCCAAGCUAGCUGAGGUAACAAGUAUACCAUAGACCUUGUACGCAAAACAUUUUAUGAUUUUUGUUUGGUAUAGAAAUAUCCUGACAGGAUAUACUGAUGCAUAAGUGGAAGGUUUGAGGUCAUGACCUAUCACACUACCUUCAUAUAUUGAAUGAUUGAAUCUUCCAUAAUUUUCCCUUUAAGUAAAUAUCAGAUGAAAGCUGCCCUUGCAGAUUAUUUUGGAAACUGUUGAAUUGUCUGGAGCAUGACAGAGAUGUUUCUUGUGUUGCUUCAGCCAUACAAGGAAGGCUUUAUAUGAUUUUUAUGGGAAGCCAAUUACCCUGACCGGUGCUUUUGAGCAACUCCUUGUGAAAUGGCAUCUGAUGCUUGAACAUGACAUGCAUGCUUGGGAUGGAGCUAAAUUGCUGAGUAUCAAGUUCUUCAAUAUAAAAGAGUUGCCUUGCCAGUCACCUUUCACUUUGCUGAAAAGUGCUUAAAUAUAAAAUGAUGCCCUUCUGAUCCAAUGCAUAAAAGAUGAAAAUGUCAUAGACUUCAACGUUUGUGUUGACCCCAUAAGUAAUCUUUCACGGUACCACCUAAGUAUUGUCUUGUCUUUUUUAUAAAGAAAUCCAAUUUUGCCGGUGUGAAAUUCUCAGUUCCUCCACUUUCAUACCUGCAUGUAUUUAUCUACUCCACGUGCCUGUUGUAUGUCUCAACCUAGGUAGCCACACUCCUUCCAAACUUCCGUCCCUAAUUAAGCUAAAAGCCCUUCUCUCUUCCACAUGGCUUCACAUCAAAUAUCAGGAACUUGUGCUGAACAUACGAUUUCAGUAGCUGAUGAAGAUGCUCGAAAGGUCCAGAGAUUGCGACGAGCUCAAUGGCCCCGAGCAGCUAUUCUAGGAGCUAAUGAUGGUCUGCUUUCUACCACAUCACUAAUGCUUGGCGUAGGUGCAGCAAAGGAAGAUAGACGGUACAUGGUCUUAUCUGGACUGGCUGGAGCUGUUGCAGGUGCUUGUAGCAUGGCUGUUGGGGAGUUUGUUUCUGUCUCAACCCAAAAGGAUAUCGAAAAGGAAACUGUUAGCCACUUCAGUUCGUAAAAUUACGGGAAAGAUGCUCCUGGAAUCGGACUCGAUGGCACCCCAACUACAGCAAGGAUGAAAGGAGAAGCAAAGCUGGAUGACUCCAAGGUCAUCUCUGAGCCAACACAGAGAAUGUCACGAAGUAUGAUCCUCGAGCCAAAGUUGCCCCCAGGUAUGUCUCCCGGAAGGUCUCCUGUAAUGAAGGUAAUCCAAGAAGAUGGAAAGAGAAGUCCUGAAAUAUUGCGGGAGGAUGACGGAGAGGAGGUGCUAACAAACCCCUACAAGGCUGCCGUUGCAUCGGGUGUAUCAUUUUUGAUAGGAUCAUGUGUGCCUUCGCUGUCUGCCGUGCUUGUGGCCCAAAAUGUUGUUAGGAUUGUGGUGAUUGCUGUGGUUGCAUCAAUAGCUCUGGCUUUUUUUGGAGGCUUCGGAGCUUAUCUUGGUGGUUCACCAAUUAGGAUAUCGGCGGUAAGAAUUCUACUUGGAGGUUGGAUUGCCAUGGCAAUUACUUUUGGGUUGCUCAAGCCUUUCGAUAAGGAUCAUAGUUGAUGACUUAGAUUAUUUCCAUCAUUACUGAAAGAGAAGCUGCAAAAGGGGGGGUUUGGUUUUUCAUAUAAAGCCAAAGCUGUUGUUUCUUGCUGAAUCUUGUUUGCUUAAUACUAGAUGCUAAUAUUGUUUGAA